UGCUUCCUGCAACAUUUAAGGCGUAAUGCGUUUCUCUAUUGCCAUUAUUCACUGCAAGUGUUUUCAAGUGACACUUCUAGGACAGCAAAUACAAAGACAGACUCGGUAAAAGUACGCAAUGGUAUUUAUUCAAAGCAGGUGCUUCCGCCUCAUUGAAGGAUCUGGGAAUGUCGUGGCUAUGUCAUCGCAGCUUGGGAAACUAUUCGCACAAGGCACUAAAACGAGGAUGCAGCGAUGGUAUUCCAGUGCUACGCAAAAGGAGAACGAACUUGUCUCUCUGACCGAUCCAAGCACAGCCAACUUCAGUGUCGCAACAAACAAAAGCGACACAGAGGACUUGACUAUCCAAGGAGGGCGAAGGAGACGCAUAAGUGAGGAUGUCUUGCCCUUCUCCGCGUUUCUUACCGACAGUUUUGAUCGAAGGCACAGCUACCUGCGCAUCUCCCUGACGGAGAAAUGCAACCUUCGCUGUCAGUACUGCAUGCCAGAGGAGGGGGUAAAACUCACCCCACGGGCCAAACUCCUGUCCACCUCCGAGGUGUUGACUUUGGCCCGCCUGUUUGUACGGGAGGGGGUCGAGAAGAUUCGCCUCACCGGAGGGGAACCCCUCAUCCGACCUGAUGUCCUGGACAUCAUCGCUGAGAUGAGGAGGUUGCCUGGUCUGAAGACCAUUGCUGUGACCACCAAUGGUAUGAACUUGGCCAAGCAACUUCCCAAACUGAAGGACGCUGGGCUCGACCUGCUUAACAUCAGCCUGGACACUCUGGUGCCAGCAAAGUUUGAGUUUAUCGUCAGAAGGAAAGGGUUCCACAAGGUCAUGGAGGGCAUCGACAAAGCCAUUGAGAUGGGAUACAACCCUGUGAAGGUCAACUGUGUUGUAAUGCGGGGUCUCAAUGAUGAUGAGCUGCUAGACUUUGUGUCCCUCACAGAGAAAAAACCUCUUGAAGUACGCUUCAUUGAGUACAUGCCUUUUGAUGGUAACAAAUGGAAUUUCAAGAAGAUGGUGAGCUACCAAGAGAUGCUGGACCACAUAAGGCAGCAGUGGCCUUCCCUGAAACAGCUUCCCAUUGGACACACAGAAACAGCCAAGACAUUCAAAGUUCCAGGCUUCCAAGGCCACAUAGGCUUCAUCACCUCCAUGUCGGACCACUUCUGUGGCUCCUGCAAUCGGCUACGCAUCACUGCUGACGGAAACCUAAAGGUAUGUUUAUUUGGGAAUUCUGAGGUAUCUCUGAGGGACUGUCUGCGCUCUGGGGCAUCUGAAGACGAACUGCUGGAGAUCAUUGGUGCUGCUGUGGGCAGGAAGAAGAAGCAACAUGCAGGCAUGUUCAGUAUCUCCCAGAUGAAGAACAGACCCAUGAUCCUCAUCGGCACAUCAUGCCAAAAAACCCUGUCCCUACCCGUGAGCCAAGAAACCAAGGGGGACACUAUCCCCAUCUCCUAUCUCCGUGAUAUAGCAGUCCUCACUUCACCCAUGGCUGCUGAACCGUCCCAGUCCUUUGGGAUGGGUGUUCAACACAGUGGGAACACACUGUGCCUUCCAGACUGUCCUGUUUCAACAGGAGUACCUGAUGUCAGCUGCUCAGGAUCCCACAAGAGGUCCUAUGUUGUAAAGAAAAACCUUUUUGAGGAAGUCAAGGAAUGUACAAGAGCCCCCUUUUGUGAGAACAAGAUUGACAACAAACCGCACAUCCCUUUUUCUCAAAUGAAGACCCCUGACCACAACACACACACAUAUGUAUUAAGUCAAAAUCACAGUGAGUUCCACAAGUACACACUAGCCAAACGUCCUAACAAAAUAAAGAAUCGUGUCACAAGAAUGGCUGGAAUUUUAUCCCUUUGCACACUACGGACCAAUACCAAAAUAGAUACCACUCAGGCCAAUAGCAUUAGGCUGUGUCACAGGAAUGCCUCAAUAGAUCUCAAAGGCAAAGGAACACAGGAAUGCUCAAAGGAGGACGCCAGCCUCCAGACAAACGGUACUUCCACAGCCCAGUUAACUCAUACAGAUUCCGAAGGCCGAGCCUCCAUGGUAGAUGUGGGCAUGAAGACUCCCACCCGGCGCAUGGCCACAGCCCAUGCCACUAUCCAUCUGGGCCCUACUGCUUUUUGCUUGCUUUGCGACAAUCAACUAACCAAAGGCGACGCAUUAGCAGUUGCACAGCUAGCCGGCAUCAUGGGAGCCAAGCAGACCGCAGCACUCAUCCCGCUCUGUCACUCAGUCCCCUUGGACCACGCCUCUGUCACGUUUAACCUUGAUGAGGCGCGGGACAGUGUUGUCAUCACAGCAACUUGCCACACCUCGAGCCGUACAGGCAUCGAGAUGGAGGCGCUCACGGCCGCGUCCGUGGCCGCACUGACCCUCUAUGACAUGUGCAAAGCAGUGAGUCACAAUAUCACCAUUACGGACAUCCAGCUGGUAACCAAGACAGGUGGUAAGAGGGACUUCCACCGGUAUCCCCUGAAGUAAUGUAACUUCUCUCACCAGUAACAUUGGGUUCAUUUUCAGCCCCUGUUGAAGUGAGCUUCUGUUAUUGAAUUCAGAAUAGCUGCAUUAAUCAAUUAGAUUAAUGACUGCUUCUUGGAAGGUUUUGGGCUGUAAUGCACAUAAAAAUCCCAGAUAGCUUGUGGUUUGCUCCAAUUCAAAGCCUCAUGGAUACUUCUCCAAUGACAAAGCUUAUGCUAUGCUGUUUUGGCCUUUUCUAGAACUCAUGAAACAACAAGCUGCUUGCACAAUCUAGUUGAUAGUAGGUGGUGCCUUGUACUAAACAUUACUCUGCAUUACUCAUUCAUUUACUUUCAAACAAGGAUUUUUUAAUAUGCUAACAUUAUACAGUCCUUCGUUUUUCAGUAGGCAGGCUCCAUAUAUCCUGUAUUGUAAGUCCAAGGUGGGAAGGUAUACAUGUGGACUAUGCAUUGUUAACCUUUUGAUUUCAACCCCUACCGUAAAGUGUGCGACAACAAACUAGAUUAAUUUUUCUGUAAUUGCUUUGACUGAUACCCUAAAUUCUUAAAUUGUUCUCCACACAUCAUCAGCCAUUUAACUGUAAUAAUUAUAAUAGUACUAAUAAUACUAAUAAUAGUAUUUGUAUAUAUAAUUGUAAUCGAAUAUUUUCCUUCAUUUAUGAUUGAAGACAAUGAAGAGCAAAUUUGCAUCUAAUUUCUAUUGAACUAGUUCACCUGGAUGCAUUUUUUUAAUGAAGCAGCACAAUCACACAAUGGUUACUGUCAAUACUUGUUAAGUCUGUCUGAGAGUGUAAACAAUGUGUGUUAGUUUUUUUGAUAGACAUAUUGGCCACUCAUCCAUCUGACAUUGAUAGUGAUUUCCUCUUUCUGUAAAAUGUCAUUUUAUGCCGCUAUAGGUAUGUAGAAAUGUAAUAAACGUAUUUCCCUA